UGAAUUUAUGCAGGAAGGGUUUAUAAGAUUAUGGAGAGGCACAAGUGCAAGUUUAGCAUUGGCUGUUCCAACUGUUGGGAUUUAUAUGCCUUGUUAUGACAUCUUUCGCAACUUCAUGGAGGAGUUUACUACUCAUAAUGCUCCAAACUUAACACCUUAUGUUCCAUUAGUUGCCGGAUCAGUUGCACGUUCGUUGGCUUGUGUUUCGUGUUAUCCUGUAGAGCUUGCAAGGACACGCAUGCAGGCAUUUAAAGCAACCAAAAGUGGGAAGCCUCCGGGGGCUUUUAAGACAUUGAUUGGAGCCAUCAACCCAAUCAGGGGUACAGAGAGACUUCAAAGUUUACAUAGAUACCGUUAUUGGUGGACUAGCCUUGAAGGUUAUAUCAGACUGAAGGAUAUAUCAGUUUGCCUGUUUGGGGGUUUUUGA